UUUAAAAUCUUAGACCAUACCCAAAAGAGAGACCCCAGUCAACAAUAAGGUGGAAAAGAAUGAUGUUGUCCUUAAACAGUCUACAGAAUGUCAUCUAUAACCCGAUAAUCCCCUAUGUUGGGACCAUUUCUGAGCAGUUGGAGCCUGGAACUUUGAUUGUACUACGUGGGCACGUUCCUAGUGACUCAGACAGGUUCCAGGUGGACUUACAGUGUGGCAGCAGUGUGAAACCUCGAGCAGACGUGGCCUUUCAUUUCAAUCCACGGUUCAGAAGGGCCAACUGCAUUGUUUGCAACACUCUGAAAAAUGAGAAGUGGGGCUGGGAAGAGAUCACCUAUGACAUGCCUUUCAAUAAAGAAAAAUCUUUUGAGAUCGUGAUCAUGGUGCUGAAAGACAAAUUCCAGGUGGCUGUCAAUGGAAAACAUACCCUGAUCUACACCCACAGGAUCAGCCUAGAGAAGGUCGACACCCUGGGCAUUUAUGGCAAAGUUAUAAUUCACUCCGUGGGUUUCAGCUUCAGCUCGGAUUUAAGAAGUAGCCAAGCAUCUACUCUGGAAUGGACAGAGAUAAGUGAAGAAAAUGUACAAAAGUCCGGCAUGUCACAGUUUACUCUGCCAUUUGUAGCGAGGUUGAACUCCUCAAUGGGCCCUGGACGGACUGUCGUCAUAAAAGGAGAAGUAAAUACAAACGCCAAAGGCUUUGCUGUUGAUCUACGAUCAGGAAAAUCCAAGGAUAUUGCUCUCCACCUGAACCCACGCCUGAAUGUUAAAGCAUUUGUAAGAAAUUCUUUUCUUCAGGAGUCCUGGGGAGAAGAAGAGAGAAAUAUUACCUGUUUCCCUUUUAGUCCUGGGAUGUACUUUGAGAUGAUAAUUUAUUGUGAUGUUAGAGAAUUCAAGGUUGCAGUAAAUGGUGUACACAGCCUGGAGUACAGACACAGAUUUAAAGACCUGAGUCAUAUCGACACGCUGGAAAUUGACGGCGAUAUCCACUUACUGGAAGUAAGGAGCUGGUAGC